UUUACUAAACACACCCUUAAAAACUCGUGCUGCUGACGUUUCGAAUGCCGUCGAUGCAGAGGCGAGAUCGAGAACAUACCUUGAAAUUGGGCGAAAUUGGAAAACCAGUUUGUUUAAAUCAAAUAGACAGGUAGAGCGUUCAGAGAGAGAUGUCGCAGACGAUAGUGCAGCCUAUAGGCCAAAAGAGGCUAACAAACGUAGCGGUGGUUCGCUUGAAAAAGCACGGCAAUCGUUUCGAGAUUGCCUGCUACAAGAACAAGGUCCUUUCAUGGCGUUCUGGUGUAGAGAAGGAUUUGGAUGAGGUGUUGCAGAGUCAUACAGUGUAUUCAAAUGUUUCUAAAGGAAUUCUUGCCAAGACAAAAGAUUUAACCAAAGCUUUUGGCACAGAUGAUCAAACUAAAAUAUGUCUGGAGAUAUUGGACAAGGGUGAACUUCAAGUUGCUGGGAAGGAGAGGGAGUCUCAAUUCUCCAGUCAGUUUCGGGAUAUUGCGACUAUUGUAAUGCAGAAAACAAUCAAUUCUGAAACUCAGCGCCCUUAUACUAUCAAUAUGAUUGAGCGACUGAUGCAUGAGAUUCAUUUUGCAGUUGAUCCGCAUAGUAGCUCUAAAAAACAGGCCCUUGAAGUCAUUCGUGAGCUUCAGAAGCACUUCCCAAUAAAGCGGUCUCCAAUGAGACUACGGCUCACUGUUCCUGCUCAAAAUUUUUCUUCUCUUACGGAGAAACUAGGUUCAUGGAGUGCUAGCAUAGCUUCAAAAGAUGAAUCUGCAAAUCAAUUAUCAGUUAUAUGUGAAGUGGAUCCAGGUCUAUUCCGGGAUUGUGAUGCGUUCAUAAGAAGUAUGCAGGGAAGAUUGGAAAUUCUUGCGGUGUCUGUGCACUGUGAAGGGGAUACGCAUGUGGAUCAUUAUGAUGAUCACGAGGAUUUGGCACCAGCAUCCCUGCCCAAGGAAUUUACAGAAUCUGUAGCUGAAUUGAGUGAGAGACUGCAAAAGCAGGCUCUCUCGUCAGGAAAUGGGAAUGCUGAAGGGCAGGUAAAGCAAAACAAAUGCAGCACAUGCAAUGCAUUUGUGGGGGACUCUAAGCUAUACAGGGAGCACUUUAAAAGUGACUGGCACAAGCAUAAUUUAAGGCGCAAGACGAGACAGCUUCCACCCCUUGCUGCUGAAGAAUGCUUGGCUGACUUGGAGAUAGGCGACUCAAAUGCAGAUUUGCAGGAUUAUUCAUUUUGAGGUAGGGCUGUCAAUUGUCUGGUGUCAUUGGUUGCUUCUGCAUAUGAAUUUAUGUAGCAUUCUAUAUAUGUAUUGGGCAAAGUUUCUAUAUUGACAAAAUAAGUCAACUAUUACGAGUGGUGUAUGAUUUUCAGUAUUACAAAAACAUUGUGCCACACCAAGAUUGUCAGGUGAAAAGUUAUCAGCUUUCUUAAUGUACACUUGUGCCUCUCAGUAGCCUUGAAUCUACAUCAUCUCAUCUCACUAAUGAGUAAUAGGGAUGCCGUUUGUUUCA